AUGCUACUACGUCACUUAAUAAGAACAUAUUCCACUUCAAGGCUUCGAAAUGCUAGUGUGCCGUCCAAGGAUGGAAUGAAGAGAUGGGCCAUAGCUUGUGCUGGAGGAACAAUUGGAUGUUUCUUCUACUAUAAUUCUUACUAUCUUCCAGGACAAUUGAGACAAAAUGAAUUAUCUCCUGAUCACUUCACUCGAUAUCGCAUAUCUUACAAACAGGACGUUGACCAGGCCCACUUUCUCUUGGAGCUAACCCCAGUGGCAGAACAGAAGAUUAACCUAUGGUCCAAGAUGGGCUGCGAGAAACUGUGGUCAGUGGAAAUCAAACAACCAGAUGUUAUGGUGGUCCGUAAUUAUACCCCUCUACCGCUGCAAGUGAAUCCAGAAACAGAACAACUGGAAGUAUUCGAGGAUGACAAGUUUGCUGGUGGGAAGUUGUUCUUUUAUAUCAAGCAGUAUGAGCAGGGCGAAGUCGCAAGAUGGCUACAUUCUCUUCCAGAAAAUCACAUUGUGGAACUGAGGGGACCUUAUGUGGACUAUGAAUUUCCACAUUACGAAGGUGAGGUUCGGAGAGAUCGAAGGUUUCUACAAUCUGGUAGUAAGGACCCUGAUGCACAAGAAAAAUUCAAAUACCAACAAUUUGAUAUUGCUAUGUUUACAGCAGGAACUGGCAUUGUCACUGCCUUGCAACUUCUUCUCACUGAAAAUCCCUUUCGAGGAUCCAUGGAUCUUUUCUACUCGUGUAAAUCCUUUGAUGAACUGGGACCUUUGGGAUCCAUCGUUGAUCUCUUGGAGAAAAAUGAUAGAGUUCGCGUCCAUUUGACAGAAUCCUCAAAGCAGCCAUGUACUGAGAAACGUCUUCAUGAGAUUUCAAAGUGCAUUUUGAAGCCAUCUAUAUAUCCUGGUCUGGUUCCUUACAAUGGUAAGUCUGACCAUGAGCUUAAACCCGUCUUGUCUCUGGUUUGUGGACCGGAAGGCUACAUUGCAGCUAUUUCGGGGCCCAAGUACGAUCUGACGCAGGGUCCAAUUGGUGGACUUCUCGAGAACAAGCAAUGGAACAACGAUAACGUAUAUAAACUAACAUAG